AUGACGCUCGGCACAACACCCCAGCGCAUCCUCCAGCGCCUGCCCUUCUCGAGCUCGACGACGCCGCUGCAGGCGCUGACGUACCUCCUCGGGAUAUCCCUCUUCAGCAUCUCGUUCCUCGUCUUCCUCAACAGCAGCUUGUCCUUUGUGAUUACCGAUUUGAUAGGCGUGAAGGAAGGAGUGGGGGAUAUCGUAGGGACGUUGGGGUUUGUCGAUGAGCUCGUCGCGCUGGUGGCUUGCCCGAUUUGGGGGUUGGUGUCGGAUAGAGCUGGUGUGAGAUAUGUAGCUGUUGCUGGGUAUGCUGUCAUUGGUCUCGCGCUGUUCCUGUUUGUGCAGGCGCGCAAUGUGUAUCCUCAGUUGUUGUUGGCGAGGAUAUUCUUUGCUGUCGGGGCGACGGCUGCAACAAGCGUUGCGUUGUCUGUCGAUUCGGAAGAGACGAGGGAAAGAAACAAGGAAAGCCAUCAGCGCUCGCCGCGCUUCGUUGGGCUGUUCACCGGCUGCGGUGCCCUGGUAGCCCUCAGUUUGUUCCUCCCACUCCCCGCUCGGUUCGGCAAAAUCGAGGGCGUCACCACCGGCCUGGCCGUCCAAUAUAGCUACUAUACCGUUGGCGUGGUCUCCUUUCUGGUCGCCAUCUUUGUCUUCUUUGGUCUGCGCAAGAUCAAAGGUGAAGAAGGCAAGGGCUGCGCGACUGUUGUUUGGUCUCCGGGGCUCAACCCCCCAAGGCGCUGCCUCAGCCCACCCCCGAAGCGUAUGAACUCCCCGCCCCUUUUCUCCCUGUUCUUAUGCCCAUCACUAACCCAACCCCAGAAAGCAAUCCCCUACCCCCACCUCCUCAGAGACUCCAUCCUCCUCGCCCUCGGCGACAGCGACAUAUGCCUAGGCUACCUAGGCGGCUUCGUCGCCCGCGCCUCCACCGUCGCCAUAUCCCUCUUCAUCCCCCUCUACAUCAACGCCUUCUUCAUGCGUCACGGCUACUGCCAGGGCUCCCCCAACGAUCCCUCCCCGGAACUGAAAAAAGAGUGCCGCCAGGCGUACAUCCUCUCUGCCAUCCUAACCGGAGUCGCCCAGCUGAUGGGUUUGAUUUGCGCCCCUCUCUUUGGGUAUCUCAGUCAUAAACCCCACCAUAGGGUCAACUGGCCUAUUGUCAUUGCUACCUUGUUCGGUAUAAUAGGGUACAUGAUCUUCCCGUCUCUUGCGAGCCCGGAGUUUAAAGAUGUCGACUCCCGCGGUGGGAAACCGGUUGUUUUUCUGCUUGUGGCCCUGAUGGGUAUAAGCCAGAUUGGCGCGAUUGUUUGUUCGCUUGGCUCGUUGGGGAAGGGGGUGUUGAAGACGGAUAUUGUUAAUGUUUUGGCUGUGCCGGGGAGUGAUGGGGGGGAGACGCUUUAG